AUGGAGAAGUUCUCCCAGUUCCGCGACAAAGGCUCCGGCAUUGCGCCGUUCCUCCCUAUCCCAACCGAGCCCGCCGGUAUUCGAUUGCCUUUCCACAUUUUCCUCUUCGUCUGUCGUGUGCCACUCCUCCUGCUCUUCUCCAUAUCGUACUUUUUGGUCCUACAAUGGAUGCCUAUAGGUGUCCUGGGAAGGAAAGCCUCAUUAUGGUGCAUACUGGGCAUACCAGGCAUAUGGUGGGUCGACCUACAAAUCGACGGCGUCAAAAAAGGGUCUUUGGCGAAAAACAGUGCCAGCAUCCCUCGCGCCGGCUCCGUCAUUGCAUCGUCCAGCACUUCUCCUAUUGAUUCCCUAUAUCUAUCUGCGAUAUUCGACCCGAUAUUCGCUGCAAGCUAUCCAAACACCAGACUGGUCGAACCUAUAUCCCUUUUCACCGCCGUUUGUCGCGCAUUCUCAUAUCCCAAACUCAAUCCGUCUAUACGGGCCAAGUUGGUGGACUUGGAAACAUAUAUCAAACAAAAUCCCAACCGUAUCGUCGUGGUAUUUCCCGAAUGUACGACAUCUAACGGCCGAGGAAUUUUGCCCAUGAGUCCGUGUUUGUUGACGGUACCACCACGCACCAAGGUUUUUCCUGUCAGCUUGAGAUAUACCCCGAACGAUAUCAGUACGCCAGUUCCACAUGCCUACUUCACGUUUCUGUGGAACCUCUGCAGCAAACCGUCGCACUGUAUCCGCAUUCGCAUUGCAGAGGCCGUAUACAACACUUCGAGGAGGAACAUGGAGCAGGCUGCUGCGAAGAGCUCAGCCUACAGCAACAGUCACCUGGAUACUUCGGCCACAGACAGUGCUGCGAGCGAUGCAGACACGCUUGUGGGCAGCGAAGAACUCGAGGGACCUGCGACCAGGGAGGAAAAGAUGUUUCUAGACAAGAUUGCCGAGGCUCUGGCUAGAUUAGGACGCGUCAAGAGAGUCGGGCUGGGAGUCAAGGAGAAGAUUGACUUUCUGGAGAUGUGGAACAAGUCACGGAGAAGACGAUGA